AUGGCGACAGGCGCCGGCGGGAAGCCCGGCUCUGCCCCGGCCGCCCUUCGGCCGGUGCUGUUGCUGCUGCUGCUGCUGCUGCUGCUGCUCGCGGGGCCCCUCCGGCCGGCCGCCCCCUCUCCUCGGCGGAGCCUGCGGUUGCAGGGCGCCCUGGUCCCGCGGCCCCAGGAUCGGGGCUUCGCGCUGCUGCAGCCUCCGGAUCCCCCCGGCCCCGGACAGCCCCCGCGGCGGAGAAGGAGCGCCUCGCCGCCCCCGCCGCCCCUGCCGCCGCCGCAGGAGGAGCCGGUGAAGGUGUACGGCCAGGUUAGCUUGAACGAUUCACACAAUCAAAUGGUGGUUCACUGGGCUGGAGAGAAGAGCGAUGUGAUUGUAGCUUUGGCCCGGGAUAGCUUGGCAUUGCCAGGUCCCAAAUUUAGUGAUGUUUAUAUAUCCUAUGAUUAUGGGAAAACGUUUAAAAAGAUAUCCGAAAAAUUUGGUUUUGGCCCAGGAAACUCCAGCCAAGCUGUGAUCGCUCAGUUCUACCACAGUCCAGCCGACAACAAAAGGUAUAUCUUUGUCGAUGCGUUCUCCCAGUACCUCUGGCUCACCAUGGAUUUUUGCACCACCAUUCAAGGCUUCCCAAUUCCAUUUAAAGCCGCAGACCUUCUCCUGCACAGCCAGCUCCCCAAUCUUGUCCUGGGAUACGACCGAUCCCAUCCCAACAAACAGCUAUGGAAAUCGGAUGAUUUUGGGCAAACCUGGAUUAUGAUUCAUGAACACGUGAAGACAUUUGCUUGGGGCGUGGAGCCGUACGAUAAGCCAAACACAAUUUACAUUGAGCGGCAUGAACCUAACUUGUCCUCCACAGUCCUCCGCAGCACGGAUUUCUUCCAGACGCGGGAAAAUAAAGAGAUUUUGCUGGAAGAGGUUGAGGACUUCCAGCUGAGGGACAAAUAUCUCUUUGCAACGAAAUCUGGGCCUCUGUCAGGGGAUCAGCUACAAACAUCUGUUCAGCUAUGGGUCUCCUUUAACCGAAAGCCAAUGCAGGCUGCACAGUUUGCAACAAGACACCCUAUUAAGGAAUAUUAUAUUGCUGACACUUCUGAAGACCAGGUGUUCGUGUGCGUCACUUAUAGUAACAACAGCACCAGCCUCUAUAUCUCCGAAGCUGAAGGUCUGCACUUUUCAUUGACUUUGGAGAACAUCCUGUAUUACAGUCCUGGUGGAGCAGGGAGUGACACCUUAGUAAGAUACUUCGCAAGCGAGCCUUUUGCCGACUUCCACCGUGUUGAGGGCAUUCCAGGGGUCUAUAUCACCACUUUGAUCAACGGCUCGUUCAGCGACGAGAACAUGCGCUCGGUCAUCACCUUCGACAAAGGUGGGACUUGGGAAUUUCUCCAGCCUCCAGAGUAUACUCACUAUGGCGAAAAGAUAAAUUGUGAGCUUUCUUUGGGUUGCUCACUUCACCUGGCCCAAAGACUCAGCCAGCUCCUCAACUUCCAGUUGCGCAGGAUGCCCAUCCUAUCCAAGGAAUCUGCUCCCGGACUGAUCAUUGCAACAGGUUCUGUGGGGAAGAACAUGGCAAGUAAAAUGAACGUCUACAUUUCCAGCAGUGCGGGCGUCAGGUGGCAGGAGGUCCUGUCUGGACCCCAUUAUUACUCCUGGGGAGACCACGGGGGCAUCCUCAUGGCCGUGACACAGGGGUCAGAAACAAACCAGCUGAAGUAUAGCACGAAUGAAGGGGAAACUUGGAAAACAUUCACGUUCUCCGAAAAGCCAGUCUUUGUGUAUGGCCUGCUGACAGAACCGGGCGAGAAAAGCACCAUCUUCACCAUCUUUGGAUCUUACAAAGAAAACGGCCACAGUUGGCUGAUUUUGCAGAUCAACACCACGGACGUCCUCGGGGUUCCUUGCACAGAAAACGAUUAUAAGCUGUGGUCUCCCUCCGAUGAACGUGGGAACGAGUGUCUCCUGGGACACAAGACGGUCUUCAAAAGACGGACGCCUCAUGCCACGUGUUUCAACGGGGAAGAUUUUGAUCGACCGUUCCUGGUCUCCAAUUGUUCCUGCACUAGGGAAGAUUACGAGUGCGAUUUUGGCUUCAAGCUAAGUGAGGACCUAUCAUUAGAAGUUUGCAUUCCAGAUCCUGAGUUUGCUGGAAAACUUUUCUCUCCUCCUGCGCUGUGCCCGGUUGGGUCAACCUACAAGAAGACCCGAGGUUACCGCAAGAUAUCCGGCGACACAUGUUCUGGGGGUGACGUAGAGGCCCGGUUAGAAGGGGAAACGGUACCCUGUCCAUUAGCAGAGGAAAAUGAGUUCAUCUUGUAUGCAACAAGGUAUUCCAUCCAUCGGUACGAUCUCUCAUCUGGGCUGACUGAAGAUUUGCCUUUGACCGGGCUGCGUGGGGCAGUGGCCCUUGACUUUGAUUACAGCCACAACUGUCUAUACUGGGCUGAUGUAACUCUUGAAAUUAUCCAG